AUGAAGCAGUUGGCUCGCAAGAACGUCACUUGGAACGGGAUUGAUUUAGACAUUGAGCUUACGGUUAGAGGAUGCGAAAGCUGUGCAAAAGUUAUGAAAGCCCCUCCGAAAGUGGCAGUGCAUCACUGGGAAGAGCCAACAGGAAAUUUUCAGCGCGUUCAUAUCGAUUACGGCGGCCCUUUCAUGAACCACAAUUUCCUAGUUUUAGUAGACGCAAAGUCCAAGUUGCCGGAAGUGCGCGUGCUAAAAGAUGCCCCAUCCACACAAGCAACUAUCGACCUUCUGAAAAAUAUUUUUUAUAAACAUGGAACACCGCAGAUCAUUGUAUCUGAAAACGCCACAAUUUUUACAAGCUUAGCGUUUACAGAAUUUUGUCACGCAAACGGAAUCAUUCAGAAAUUUAUCGCACCAGGCCAUCCAGCCACAAAUGGCCUUGCUGAGAGGUACGUACAACCUUUAAACUCAAAACUGAAAUCUAUGGAAGACGAUGCAACUCCGUUGAAUGAAAAAGUCCAAGAAAUUUUACUACAUUAUCGGGCAACACCUUUAGCCUGCGGAGAUACUCCAGCGAAGUUAUACCUGGGUCGAGAAAUCCGCAUAAAGCUUGAUGCCAUUCGACCAAACAAACAUAAGAAAUCAAUUGGUCAGACGUCACAUGGACACCCUAUUAGCGUGGGAGAUAGACUGCAAGCACGUUCAUAUGGAGGAGGAAAAUCUGGAUGGAAAUUUGGUGUCGCCACGGCCAAGAGGGGCCACUUACAUUACGAAGUGUUGUUAGACAGCGGAUAUAAGCUGAAGCGCCACAUCAAUCAAUUGAAUAAAACAAAUGUUGACUAG